AUGGUCGAAGCCACCUUAAUAACACGGUCUGUUUCUAAUCACUAUGCGACGGCUACACAAAAGAACACUUUCAAUGGCCAGUAUUCGCCUGACUCGGUCAUCGUCACAUUGUCUAUUGCCAUAUCACUCUUCAACUCUCUCGAGCUGAUCCUCCUCAUCUUCUCUACAUUCAAGAGAUGGCGCGGCCUAUACUUCUGGAGCUUGACUAUAUGCAACCUCGGCGUUAUGCUUUAUGCUGUAGGCAUGAUGCUGAGUUACUUCGAGCUCAGCGUUCGCUGGCUGUGGAAGGUCAUACUCGACGUUGGCUGGACACUGAUGGUUAGCUUUCAGUCUCUCGUCCUAUAUUCACGUCUAGGAUUGAUUGUGUCCAACGAAAAGAUUUUAGCUGCUGUCAAAUGGAUGAUCAUCGUUAACAGUAUCUGCUUGUGCACCAUCGUUAACAUAUUCGACUUCGGAAGUACCUAUUCGGGAUCAAUGGCUUUCUCCGAAGGGUAUUACUACAUUGAGCGAAUUCAAAUGACAUUGUUCACCAUCCAAGAGCUUAUUAUCUCGGGACUGUACGUCUAUACGACGCUUGCUUUGCUAAAAGUCAUCUCCAAGGAGAAUACACGGAGCAUGAUUUGGCAGCUAUUGACGAUCAACGUGAUUAUUAUUUCUAUGGAUAUCGGCCUUGUAACGUUGCAGUUUCUGCAUUUCCAGCUAUAUCAAGAAGCUAUUAAAGUCUUUGUUUAUAGUGUCAAGCUGAAACUCGAGCUGAAUAUCCUGUCCAAGCUUGUGGAUCUCGUGCACGGUAACUCUGCACAAAAGUCGAUGAGCAUUGGUGUUAUCGACGCGACUAGUAUUCCAGGCACAGUACAGUCAGAUGUGCAUCAAGAAAUGUCACAGGGCGGUGUUUUUGGAUCUGCUGACUCGAAAAUGGCUUUGGAAAAGAAGGAAGAAAUCCAUCGACAUGGCUCACGGUACAGCGACGCGUCAGCGCAGCAGAUAAGUGCUACAAGCAACGAUGUGUACCCUGUGCUUUCGAACUCAAGGUACUCGAGCAGAACGAGUGGUAGAGAAGCCGAUAUCAUAUAUGCAGAUAUCCUACGCGAUAUCAAGUGA